GGUUGCUCUGAGGUGCCACUGGGCUGUCCCUCGGCAGGUCCCAGGACUGUGAUCCACCCCAAAGCCAGGAUCAUCGCCGAAGCGGGACCGAUCGUCAUCGGGGAGGGCAACCUGAUCGAGGAGCAGGCCCUCAUCAUCAACGGGUAUCCAGAAAACAUUACGCCAGAAACUGAAGAGGUGGAGCCCAAGCCAAUGGUCAUUGGCACUAACAAUGUUUUUGAAGUUGGGUGUUAUUCACAAGCAAUGAAGGUGGGGGACAACAACGUCAUUGAAUCCAAAGCCUUUGUGGGCAGGAACGUGAUCCUGACGAGCGGCUGCAUCAUCGGGGCCUGCUGUAACAUCAACACCUACGAGGUGAUCCCCGAAAACACCGUCAUCUACGGGGCCGACUGCCUGCGCCGUGUCCAGACCGAGCGGCCGCAGCCCCAGACGCUGCAGCUGGAUUUCCUGAUGAAGAUCUUGCCAAAUUAUCAUCACCUAAAGAAGACCAUGAAGGCCACGUCCACGCCUGUCAAGAGCUGA